UUUGGGGAGCAGGUGUGGCAUAAUGGUUGAUACAGUGGCUCCAGCACCGGCGUCAGCCUCAUUCAAUAACUCGACGAACUCCGGCCUUCAGUUGGGCCAGAACUAUGGCUCCAUGGAAGCGUCGUUCUACAGUGAUGCCAUUCAACAAGUGACCAUCGCUGCGGGAGCUUCCGUUUAUAUGGGAGAGAAGCAGACAGUCGAAGAGAAAUUGCUUGACGCCCUGGUUGCAGGCGAUUCUGGAGAUCGACACGACAUCGCUCGCGCUUUUCCUGGCACUUGCGAGUGGAUCUUCGAGUGUGCGGCCUUCCAGAGCUGGAUCCAAACAAGUCCCCCGACAAUCACCCCCCUAUAUAUUCGCGGGAUUCCCGGCAGCGGCAAGACUGUACUGUUAAAAUUUCUGACAAAGGCCAUCCAGUCCAACCUGCGGUCGAGCGCCACCCCUCAGUCGCCCGCACUAACAGAGGACGUGGUCCUAAGUCCAGAGGUCGGGACUCCGGGCAAAACCAUUGCAGUGGCUUGUUUCUGCGACGAUAAGAACGAGCACCGCAAAGCCCCGAUCUGGGUUCUGCGGACCCUGCUAUACAAGCUGCUCCAACUGAACCGAGGUCUGAUCAAAUACGCACUUCAACAUGUUCAGAACCUCGAAGACCUGCAGGGAGCAUCGAGCGGGAGCACGGUUGAAGUCGAUGAAUUCCAGUCACGCGAUGUUCUGCUCAGAAUCAUCGAGGACAUCGUUGCGGAUCCCUCGUUAGAAGUGUUGUAUUUUGUCAUUGACGGAUUGGAUCAAUGCGGACAUUUCAUUGCUCCCAUUCUCCGGAUAAUGAAUGAUUUGUCCACCCGAAUCAACAAGAAGGCCAACGAUCUGGGCCGAAAGUUCAUCUUCCGAUGCAUCAUUUCAGACCGAGGCAGUGCAAUUGUCGCUGACAAGAUGUUGCCCGAGUUCACGGUGAACAUGCCCGAUGGCAACCAAGAGGACAUUGGGCAAGUCGCCGAGAGACGGGUACGGCGCAUUCAAGAGUAUCGCAAGUUCCCUGACAGGCUCCGUGAGGAUAUCACGGACCAGCUCAAGGAGAGCUCAAAGGGCAUGUUCAUGUGGCUGUCGCUCGUCUUGGACGACCUAUCCACAUGGGAGGGUCUUUGGACCGAGUCCCGGGUCAAGGAAAGGCUCCAUAACAUCCCCUCCGAUGUCGAGGCUUUUUACAGCGCAAUCCUGGAGCGACAGUCGCGGGAUGUGGUUGGCAGACUGCGAACGCUCCUCAUGUGGGUCUACUUCGCCUGCCGUCCGUUGACGCUGAGAGAAUUGGAUGUGAUUCUUACGCUACAGGAUGGGAAGGAAUAUACGGGGGGGAGCGCCUCCGAGGAGGAUCUCCAUGCGUUGCGACACAGUAUCGAGAACAGCUGGGGCACGCUUUUCACAGUCCGCAGUGACGCUGUGUAUCCGAGUCAUCAGUCCGUCAAGGACUUCCUGAACCAUGUAUUCAGCGAGGAAGGGGCCAAGGACUAUCCCAGGUUCGGGAUGAGCAAGGCCGAUGCCCACCGACAGAUGGCUUCGGUCUGUUUGACGUAUCUGCAAUUCGACGAAAUCCAGCGCCACGAAGUGCCCAAGCCACCUGUGAAUAAAGAUUGGAAGAUCGAUGAAGUCGAGCUGACAAAGACCCGGCAAAAGUACCUCUCGGGGUACCCCUUCCUUCAGUAUUCCAUUGAGUUCCUCGGAGACCAUCUUCGCGAAAGUCAGAUCCAGGAAGAAAGUGAUGUAACUGGCAUGAAGCGGUUCUUCGAGGCCGAGUCGGUGCCAUUGCAAAAUUGGAUGAAGGCGUAUGAUCUUCUCAAGCGGUGGACACAUGGCAAGUACUCUGGCUUUUCCACCAGCACCAGCCUCCUCUUUGUGUCUGCCCGACUUAACCUUCCUUGGCUGGCGGACCGCGCCACGUCGUGGAAUUCGUACUUUUCGCUUCCAUCGGCCGUCGCAGCGCCUGACACCUCCGGAUGGAGCGCGAUACACAUCGCCGCGGACUCUGAGGCGGUCGAGAUGGUUCGCUGGCUGUUGCAAAACGGAGCGAUCGUUGAUGCGACCACCCUGGGGCUCCUCCAUCCCGGUCGCACGGCCCUGCACUUUGCGGCCGCCGAACGCUCCGAGGCGGGACCGCAGAUGGUUAAGGAGCUGCUCAAGGCUGGGGCCAGGCCAAACAUCUUCACCCGAGGCGGCGGCAAUACAUCACUCCAUUAUGCCAUUGACGGGCGAUCCGUCGAAACGGUGACCACGUUGCUCGCUCACUCCGCGGACCCGAAUGCCACCAACAGCUCCGGCAUCACGCCCCUUCAUAAAGCGGCGGGAAUCCUGGGACUCGAGGCCAUCGUCGAAGCCCUCCUCAAGGGUGGCGCGGACCCCAACCGCAAGUCCACCGUCGGAAUAGGACUCGCCGCCCGGGGUCUCGCGGCCUUCAAAGCUUCAAAGACUCUUCUCGGUACCUACCACGCCAUCAACGCAGCGCAGACCGCCCUCCACAUCGCCGUCAAGGUGAAAGAUGCGGAGCGAACCGUGGAUGCGCUUCUCAAUCAUGGCGCGGACGUGACCAGCCGCGACAGCAUUGGCCAGACACCGCUUCACGUAGCGGUCGUCGGCAUGGACCGCGAGGUCAUGGUGAAGCGGCUCCUCGAGCAUGGCGCUGAUGUCAACGCCAAGGACGACGAGCAUCGCACGCCGCUGCUCCUGUUCUUGCAGACUGUUGGGGCGAUAGCGCAUGAGCUGCGCUCUCAGGGGCAAGCCGAGUUGCUGUCGGACUUGGAUGGCCAGGCAUCGUGGGAGAGAACGGUAGAGCUACUGCUUGACGCUGGGGCCGACCCGUCCGCUGAGGGCAAGAACAAGGUAUCGCCGUUGAUGUUUGCCAAGAUGGCAUCGAUGAGUUGGGCAGUGGAGAUCAUGGAGCGGAAGCACAAAAGCGCAGAAAAGGCGCCAGGCGUGGACACUCAGGAGAUUCACGAACCGGAGGCUGUGAGUGGAGUGUCGCCAGGACCGGAGCCCGAGAAGAAGGGUUUCCUACAGAACCAGGCUAGUAAAUUCAUACCGAAGAAACUGAAGUGGUAGGCGUGCGUUUGUGUCGUGAUCGUGUGUGAUGGCGGUCGGUGUUGUUUCUGGAUCGUGUAGCAUACUCUGUUUCGAAUUC